CCUCAUUCCCGCUGAAGAGACGCUCACCGCAGCCUCUCACGAGCGUUCGUUCCUUGUUCCUCCGAAUCCGAGUGCCGAGAGUGACAUAGGCUUCGACGCUGGACACACCCUUACUCAGGGUGCAUCGUGACCGUUGGUGAAGUCAUCAUGUGACGCGUCUUCGAGGACUCCUAUAUCACAGCACGGGAAUCCGGAGGACGAUGAGUCCGCUGACCCUGUUGCUAACCCUGACCUUAUUGGAGGCGAACGUCGGCCGCGGCCAGGGCGCGGAAGACGACCUGGAAUCCGAGUUAUUCCCGCCGCCUUCGGCUCGGAGCGCGGCGGUCGUCGCGAUCCAGAAGAAGAAACGGGAGGAAAGCGAGCCGAUGAGCUGCGACGUGGCGAGCCUCAAGUGCGCAUAUCGAGUCGGCUGCGGGAUGGCCCUGCACAACUACAAGAUCGGCUGCUACGGGGUCAUGACGGGGCAGACCCAGAUCUGCCCGGACCAUUGCAAGAAGGCCCUCAUCGCCCUCACCUCCACCGAGGAGGGACAGGAGCUCAUGCGGUGCCGCUGCGAAAACGGGUUCUGCGAGGAGACGAAGCGUCGCAUCGAGGUGUGCCGUCCGGACGUGGUGUGGGCGAACAAUGCGUCUUCGGUCGUGACGUGCAGCGUGGCGCAGUGGAUCUGUGCCGCCGACAACCUCUGCGCAACCGCGCUUCAGUACUACCACCGCUUUUGCCGUGCCAUGUUCCACGGCCGCAAGUGUUCCCCCAGGUGCAACAAUUCCCUCGCCAUCCUCCUCCGCCAAGACAAGGCUCACAAGCUGAAGACUUGCCGCUGCGACGGCUCCGAGGACUACGACUGUGACCGCAUCAAGCAGAACAUGGAGAACCUCUGCUUCCUCCGCCUUGAGGGUAGUGACGUCUCAGAAAAUGAUGUCACCGAGAAUGACGUUCCCGACGACGGGAACGAGAACGAAAACGAGGUGUAUCGGACGUUAGUUAGUGCCGCCGACACCACCAAUGCAGCUGUGAUGCUCGGUGCAAGUCUUCUAGUCCAGGUUGUCCUCAGGGUGUGUCAGAGGUGAACGCAGCCAGCUCCAUCUUUAUCGGAUCUGGUGAAGCGGGAAACGGCGGUGGACGAAAAUAUGAUCAAAUAACUUAUUUAUGCAGACAUUUUUUGUUCUCCAUGAACAAUAUGAGGUGCAGUGCCCCCGAUGCGAAAUGUGCGAAGAAGCCGUCCAUUAUCGCGAGUACAAAGAGUCUUUUUCUGGUUCUUCCUUGUGUCAACAGUAUUAUUCAGAGUGUAAGGAGACAAAAUCUGAGUGACGAUAUGUAUGGUGGACAAUAAAUGCCAUCUAAUCAUUCUCUAUCCCUA